ACAUGCUCUGUUCCCUCCCUACACGAUCCUCUGAUGGAUACAUAGCUUCUCUUUCAGCUCACUCACAACCAAAAAUGAAGCUCUCCUCCUCUCUUCUUCUCCGAUUCACGAUACUGCUGCUCUUCUGCUUCGCUUUAUCCAUUGCCGGCAAUGUGACCUUCGACAGUCGCUCGCUCAUCAUUAAUGGCCAGCGGAAGCUCCUCAUCUCCGCCUCCAUUCACUACCCGCGCAGCGUUCCCGCGAUGUGGCCGGGCUUGGUUCAAACAGCGAAGGAUGGAGGGGUUGAUGUGAUCGAAACAUAUGUAUUUUGGAAUGGUCAUGAACUUUCUCCGGACAAUUAUUAUUUUGGGGGGCGAUAUGAUCUGGUCAAGUUUGUGAAGAUUGUUCAGAAGGCGGGGUUGUAUUUGAUUCUUCGAAUUGGUCCAUUUGUUGCGGCAGAAUGGAAUUUUGGUGGUGUACCUGUUUGGUUGCACUAUGUGCCCGGAACUGUAUUUCGAACCGACAAUGAGCCUUUUAAGCAUUACAUGCAGAAGUUUACAACAUUCAUAGUGAACCUAAUGAAACAAGAGAAGUUUUUUGCAUCACAAGGAGGUCCCAUCAUUUUGGCCCAGAUAGAGAAUGAAUAUGGAUACUACGAGAGUGCGUAUGGAGAUGGAGGGAAGCGAUAUGCCAUGUGGGCUGCUAGCAUGGCUGUUUCUCAGAAUAUAGGCGUCCCUUGGAUUAUGUGCCAGCAAUUUGAUGCUCCUGAUACUGUGAUUGAUACUUGUAACUCCUUCUACUGUGACCAAUUCAAACCUCUUUCUCCCAACAAGCCCAAAAUUUGGACUGAGAAUUGGCCUGGCUGGUUUAAAACAUUUGGGUCCAGAGAUCCUCAUAGGCCACCUGAAGAUGUGGCUUUUUCUGUAGCCCGUUUUUUCCAGAAAGGUGGUAGUGUCCAAAACUACUACAUGUAUCAUGGUGGGACAAAUUUUGGUCGCACUUCAGGUGGACCAUUCAUUACAACAAGUUAUGACUAUGAUGCACCAGUUGAUGAAUAUGGAUUGCAAAGGCUUCCAAAAUGGGGUCACCUUAAAGAACUUCAUGGAGCUAUAAAGAAAUGUGAGCAUGUAUUACUCAAUGGUGACCCAGUUCAUAUGUCACUUGGUCCUAACCAAGAGGCCGAUGUCUACACUGACUCUUCAGGAGCAUGUGCUGCCUUUAUUGCCAACAUGGAUGAAAAAAAUGACAAGACAGUAGAAUUUCAGAAUGUUUCAUAUCACCUACCUGCGUGGUCAGUUAGCAUUCUGCCUGACUGCAAGAAUGCUGUGUUUAACACAGCCAAGGUUAGAACUCAAACCACCAUAGUGGAAAUGGUACCGGAGGAUUUGCAACCAACAAUGGCAUCACCAGAUAAAGGCAUGAAAGCUCUUAAAUGGGAAGUAUUUGUGGAGACAGCUGGGAUUUGGGGAGAAGCUGACUUCAUUAAAAAUGGCUUUGUAGAUCAUAUCAAUACCACAAAAGAUACGACUGACUACCUCUGGUAUACAACAAGUAUAUUUGUUAAUGAAAAUGAAGAUUUCUUAAAGAAGGGAAGCCAUCCAGUUCUUCUUAUUGAGUCAAAGGGUCAUGCUCUCCAUGCUUUUGUCAAUCAGAAACUUGAAGAUAGUGCCUCUGGAAAUGGCACGCAUUCACCCUUCAAAUUUAAGAAACCCAUUUCUCUCAAAGCAGGGAAGAAUGAAAUUGCUCUGUUAAGCAUGACUGUUGGUCUACAAAAUGCAGGCUCAUUUUAUGAAUGGGUAGCAGCAGGACUAACAAGUGUCAAGAUUGAGGGGUUCAAUAAUGGGACAAUUGACAUUUCGUCAUAUGCUUGGUCAUACAAGAUUGGAUUGGAAGGAGAGCACCUGGGAUUAUACAAGGCUGAUGGUUUGGAAAAUGCAAAUUGGUCAUCGACCACAGAACCACCAAAGACACAGCCUUUGACAUGGUACAAGGCUGUUGUGGACCCUCCUUCAGGGGAUGAACCUAUUGGGCUGGAUAUGAUACAUAUGGGGAAAGGUCUAGCUUGGUUGAAUGGAGAAGAAAUUGGAAGAUACUGGCCUCGGAAAAGCUCUAUCCAUGAUAAGUGUGUUCAAGAAUGUGAUUACAGGGGCAAAUUUAUGCCUGAUAAGUGCUUCACUGGAUGUGGAGAGCCAACACAAAGAUGGUACCAUGUUCCACGUUCUUGGUUCAAGCCAUCUGGAAACAUUCUGGUGAUCUUCGAGGAGAAAGGUGGAGAUCCGACAAAAAUCAGUUUCUCAAGACGGAAAAUCUCAGGUGUAUGUGCUUCCGUUGCUGAUGAUUAUCCUUCCUUUGAACUUGAAUCUUGGCAUGAAAAUGGAAAUGUGAACAACGAAACCAAGGCGACUGUCCUUUUGAAGUGCCCCGAGAAUACUCGUAUGUCUACUGUAAAAUUUGCCAGCUUUGGGACCCCUACUGGAGCUUGUGGAUCCUAUAGCAAGGGAGACUGCCAUGAUCCUAAUUCCACUUCUGUGGUUGAAAAGAUGUGCCUAAACAAAAACGAAUGUGCCAUAGAACUAACAGAAGAAAAUUUCAGUAAGGGUUUGUGCCCCUCUGCAACUAAGAAACUUGCUGUAGAAGCCGUAUGCAGCUGAAACUACCAGUUCCAAUGGAGAGCAGAUUCAAAUACACAUGAUAUCAAUUUCCCUGCUUAGCUAAAAAGAAGGAAAAGAAUAUUAUUA